AGGACACCGACCGCCUCCGUAGAAGAAAAGCAUGCGGAAGACGCUAGACCAACGUGUCUGUGCGCAGGUGAGGAUCUCCGGGCUGACGUCUAGAAACUUCCAGAGGGAGAGGUGAGGUGUCUGUAAACAGUCUGUCCACAGAGGGAGAGGUACACAACGCUGAAAAUGUCCGUCAUCUCCGAGCAAAGUGUGCGAGGCGGGAGCGUGUUCAAGGAGCUCAGCGUCGAGGACGAAGACUGGGAGCCCACAGAGAUCGAGAGCCUGUGUAUGAACUGCUACCAGAACGGCACGACACGCUUACUGCUCACCAAGAUACCUUUCUUCAAAGAGAUCAUCGUCAGCUCGUUCAGCUGCGCCCACUGCAGCUGGUCAAACACCGAAAUCCAGUCCGCGGGCCGGAUCCAGGACCAGGGCAUUAGUUACACACUCAAAGUCAAGUCAAAACAAGACCUGAACCGGGAGGUUGUCAAAGCAGACAGUGCAACCACCAGGAUCCCCGAGCUGGAUUUCGAAAUCCCUGCCUUCACACAGAAAGGUGCGCUAUCCACCAUUGAGGGUCUUUUGGAUCGAGCAGUUGCAGGUUUGGAGCAAGAUCAACCUGUCAGGCGUGCUGCUGACCCCGGGGUGGCUGACAAGAUCGAUGAAUUCAUCGAGAAGCUGAAGAAGUUAAAAGAGGUUCAGGAUGAAUUCACAGUGGUGAUCGAGGAUCCGUCCGGCAACAGUUUUGUGGAGAAUCCGGUCGCCCCUCAAAGAGAUGAGGCGCUCAUUGUGACCCGGUUCAAGCGGACGGUCCAGCAGGAUAUACAGCUGGGACUAAAGGCUGAGGAUGACUUGGAUGAAGACAAAGAAGAACCGGCUGAGAACAACCUGGAGGCCAUGAGGAAUGAGGUUUUGGUCUUUAACACCAACUGCCCAGAGUGCAACGCGCCAGCCUCAACCAACAUGAAGCUCGUCCAGAUCCCUCACUUCAAGGAAGUCAUCAUCAUGGCCACCAACUGCGACAGCUGUGGCCACCGGACCAACGAGGUGAAAUCAGGCGGAGCCACAGAGGACCUGGGCACCAAAAUCACCCUCCACGUCACAGACUCUUCAGACAUGACCCGAGACGUGCUCAAAUCAGAGACCUGCUCCGUCGCCAUCCCGGAGCUGGAGUUUGAGCUGGGGAUGGCAGCCGUCGGUGGAAAGUUCACCACCUUGGAGGGGCUGCUGAAAGACAUCAAGGACUUGAUCGUCUCCAAAAACCCCUUCAUCUGCGGAGACAGUGUCACUACGGAGCGGGUUGAGAAGCUGAAAGCGUUUGGGGACAAGAUAGAGAAGAUCAUGGCUGGAGAAAUGAAUGUACACAUUAUCCUGGACGACCCGGCGGGGAACAGCUAUUUGCAGAAUGUGUACGCUCCGGAGUCAGAUCCUGAAAUGACUACUGAGAAGUACACCCGCUCAUUUGAGCAGAACGAAGACCUCGGCCUGAAUGACAUGAAGACCGAGGGGUAUCACGAGGAAAAAUGAACUGCCAGCACAAGUUUAAAGGACUAAUGAGUCGAUAAUGUCUUGUCAAAAACCCAGUGUAUUAAUAUCGCUCGAUAUUUUCUCAUAUUUUCAGUUUAAGAACUGGGUUUAUAAUGAAUAAGAAGAAUUCUAAGUUGUCUAAAUGUAUAUUAAAUAUAAACUAAACAACACAUGAGUAACUUCAUUUGUUCAAAUGGUUGCUGCUCCUCUUUAUUUAUUGCAUUCUUGUGACAUCCCAGAAGAUGGCGCUCUGUUGUUUUUGAUUAAGAGGCUUCUUUUCUCUCAGAGGACCACACACUGUGUGUGACAGAUUAAUCUUUUUAUACACCUGAAAGCAUGACAUCAUCUCAAUAAAGUGCUAUCUAAAUUGA